UUUAUAAUCAAAAAUAUAAUGUAAUUUGGCCUGUAUUUUUUUACACUGUUUAAAUUUUGAUUUUUUCUUCCCGUUUAAAUUUUUUGUAGUUUUUCCCCUCGCUAAAUUUCCAGUAUGUCUAAACAAGAAAGCUCCAGUCUCAUAAACCGUCAAACGGGAAAACAAACUCCGGUUGUGACCAACAUUGCCCUGCCCCUUUAUCCCAUCGAUCAUGUGGAUGGGGCGUCCAAAAACCGAAACCCCUUCAACGUCAUACCUGUUUACGAUUAUCACAGUUACAUGGACAGGCUGUUGAAUGACCCCGAUGGAACGAAAGAGGAUUACGCCAACUCGCGUAGAAGGCGAACGGAAAGCAGCUUUCCCUCUUCGAGCGAUGACGACAACGAGUCCCUCGAAAGUUUCGACGAGGACGAAGACGAUGACGAGAAACCCUCCACUCCGCAAUCGAAAUUGAUCGAAUUGGCAUCCAUAAUCGGCGUGGAUGUCGUCCCGGACAAAAGUACCCCUUACCAAAACAAAUUCACCUUUGCCCCUAAAACGAGGAGGAAGAGAUGGCCGGGGGUUGAACUGCCGAAACAAGGGACUCGUCGUCUGAACAAGAACCAGACGUUGAGGCACAGAAUCCUCACGAUUUGGAAUGUCGCUUACGCUAUUAGAAAAAAAAUUGAGGAGAUCGAGAUAGCCGAGGCGGACGUAGAUAUCGAACCGGAACCGUACAAGGAAGAACCGGAAACGGAAGAAGAAGAAGAGAACCUAGCGCAUGAGCUUCGAAAAAUGAAAAACCUUUGGUGGAAAAUGGGACGGGACGAGGACCUUCCGGUGGAUGUCCAACUGGCGGAUCGAUACGUGCGAGCAAGCCCGAAACUCUCAGAGAACUCUCCCGUGCACAUCCAGCGGGAAAUGCAACAAUGCAAGGAAUUCCAGGACUACUUGGACAACCAUGGUGUCUCGGAGUUGAUAAUCGGGAUACUCAUGAUGCUCUACACAAAACCCUGCUACCCGGAAGGAGCCAAAGAGCUGCUCAGGCUCGGACUAGGUGGAAAACCGACGGAAGUAGCGACUGCAGCUGACGUACUCAAAGAAAUAGAAGAAGCCCAAGACAGAAUCAGCGACUUAGAGGGCGAGUUGUACGAUUACAGAGUGCAAGUUUUACGACUCCUUAAGGAAGACGCGUACGACGAACCUGACGACCCAACGGUGUCAAAGACGCCCAUCAGAAGAAUGGAAUACCUCUUGAAGGCCUUCCAAUGCCGAUCGAGGCCGAGUGAUGUUGACUUCAACAUGCUGUAUGACUUGAGUGAGUUGCCCGGUUUGGCCAAAUACAAGAUCAAGUUGCCUAAAGAAUUAGACGCCCUCGGCCGGGGACUCGCCGUCGGUUCUUCUAUGGGCAAAGCCGAAAUCGGAGUCAACACGAAAAAAUGGAUAUUAGGACCGCCUAUGGAUCAUUCGACCGAACUCCACUAAAACUAAAAAAAUAGAAAAAAAA